AUGGAAGUAAAUAUUGCCCCAGUGGAAGGUAAUAAGGGAAGAAAAAGGAUUCGAGAUGAAAAUAAGUGGAAGCGCAACAUAAAAAAGCGUGAGAGGUACUCAUCCAAAAGACCACCAAAUCUGGCGGAUAUUACAAGCUGUAGGCAUACGAAAAAUGAGAAAUUGAAGUGCAGUACCCUAAAUUCUCAAGAUAUUAGACAAUUUCAUCAAGCAUUUUAUGUCAAGCUGAAUAAAAUCGUCCAAGACAAUUUUAUGCUGAAAUUUAUGAAAGUUCAUGUACCGAAGCGUCGAAGGCGUAAAGUGGGAAACCGCGCAGAAUCGAGGGCAAAAUACCACAAGAAAAUCGAGGCGGUGAUAGAGUGUCCAGGAAGAAUGCCGCGAAGAGGGAAAAUGUGA